GGAAGUGGUUUGAAAUGGACGGCUUAUUCUGUAUCACAGCAAUGCUGCGAAUUUUGCUUAUCCUUCUAUGCUGUUCGGUGUACUGUGAAGAUAGCCGAGAAUACUGCCAAGACCGAGUUGAGAAGUGUGAAUGCGAUGUAACUGGUAACAUACCGCCAACCAAGAACAGCUUCCCAUAUGUGGUAUCCCUGCAAUGGAAAACCAGUGAAUCGAACAAUCACCUUUGUAGCGGCACACUUAUCACUGCACAAAAAGUUCUGACUGCAGGCCGUUGUGCUAUAAAGUCGGAUGAGGGCAUGUAUUGGGCUGUCGCCGGGGAAUACGAUCUGACGGUCGUCGAAGGAACAGAACAGAGGCGACGAGUAGUAGAGCAGAUUGUGCAUCAGAACUACUAUACAGUGCAUGGCGUCCAUCACAACGAUGUGGCAGUAUUCCUGGUGUACUCUCCUUUUUUGCUCACUGAAUAUGUGCAGACAGUCAGUGUUGCCCAGGAGCCUCUCCCAGGUAAAGAGAUGCUCACCGUGGCUGGAUGGGGCUCCGUGAGGGACGAUCCAUCGCCGCACCUGCCAGUGCUACAUUACGUCAAUAGGAACACCCAGGCGUCGGACUUCUGCAGUGACGUCAUCGGGGAGCCCAUUGACAACUUAACAGUUUGUACCUUAUCUGUUCUCGAAGGCCCUUGUUUGGGAGAUUCGGGCUCUGGUGCAGUACAUAACGGCGUUGUGUAUGGCGUCGUCUCGUGGAUAUACCUCAAGUGCAACCCGCAUGGUGGCUAUAGCAUGGUCAUGAGUGUCUAUGGCUACAGAGAUUUCAUUGAAAAUUACGAGUAACUAAUUGUUUUCAAGUUAAAAAAAUAAAACGUUAAAAGUGAUAGCAUCACUUUUUUCCAACGAAUUUCAUUUGUCAUCAGACUACCUUUGUAUUGCAUCCUAAAGUAAGAAAUUUCACAUAUGUUCAUAACUAACGUAUACAUGUGCCAUGUUGGCUCAGUGGCUGAAGCUAGUUUUUAAAUUUUAAAGAGAGAAGUAUUAUAGUUCUAAAGAAGGAAGAAGGAAAAGGUUUAAAUUUACUUUUUCAUGCCGACGAAAUUUAAUUUUAAGAUGAAGAUUUUAUUUUGUGAUAGAUAACAAUUCUGCUUUCCAUCUUUGAUUCAGGAAUAAAGAAAUUUCGU